UCUGUCCUCGCCGCCCAGCCUGCCCAGGCCUCUGGUGAACAUGGCGCUUGUUCCUUGCCAGGUACUGCGGGUGGCGAUUCUGCUGUCCUACUGCUCUAUCCUGUGCAACUACAAGGCCAUCGAAAUGCCCUCUCAUCAGACCUACGGAGGAAGCUGGAAAUUCCUGACGUUCAUUAAUCUGGUUAUCCAGGCUGUCUUUUUUGGCAUCUGCGUGCUGACCGAUCUUUCCAGUCUUCUGACCAGAGGAAGUGGCAACCAAGAGCAAGAGAGGCAGCUCAAGAAGCUUAUCUCUCUCCGGGACUGGAUGUUAGCCGUGUUGGCCUUUCCCGUUGGGUUUUUCGUCGUAGCGGUGUUCUGGAUAAUUUAUGCCUAUGACAGAGAGAUGAUUUACCCGAAGUUGCUUGAUAACUUUAUCCCAGGGUGGCUGAAUCACGGAAUGCACACAAUGGUUUUGCCGUUUAUAUUAAUCGAGAUGAGGACAUCACACCAUGCAUAUCCCAGCAGGAGCAGUGGACUCGCCGCCACAUGCAUCUUCUCUGUUGCCUAUAUAUUAUGGGUGUAUUGGCUGCAUCAUGUAACUGGGAUGUGGGUGUACCCUUUCCUGGAACACAUUGGCCCAGGAGCCAGAAUCAUCUUCUUUGGGUCUGCAGCCAUCUUAACAAACUUUUUGUACCUGCUGGGAGACGCUCUGAACAGCUAUAUGUGGGACACACAGAGAAGUAUGGAAGAAGAGAAAGAGAAGCCUAAAUUGGAAUGAGGUCUAAACCUACAUGGAAAAGCUGGAUCGAGCCACCAUCGAAGACUCAUUACCCCCUGGGCUUGGCACUACAGGAGAGGACACUUCAAAGAAAGUGAAAUGCUCCUCCACCUCCCCGCCCGAGAGAGGACACCUUUUAGAGAGAAAUAUAUAUAUAUAAGAAUACAGUUUUCAAAAUAAUUCUCCUUCAGUGUGAUUUAAUGAAAUCUUUCCAAAUUCAUAAUUGAUAAUAACAUCUCUUUUUUUCCUCUUCUAGUUUUAAAAACAAACAGGUCCUUGGAUUUUAAUUUAUGCAAAUGUAAUACCAUUAAGAACAAAAUUCUAUUGUGUUUCUUGCUGAUACAUUUGUGAAAAUCAAAGGGGCAGAUGUGGAGAGGC